AAAUAUUUUACUAUUUUAGAUAAAAUAAAUAAAAGAGCUAUAGAAUUAUUAGUAAGUAAAUUACAUUAUUAAUAUAUAUAAAAAAUCACGAAAAUGUCAGAAUAUGAUAAAGUGAGAUCUGGAAAACUUAUUUUGAAAGGUGAAAAGAAAAGAGUCAAGAAAAGAAAAUUGAAAAAACAAGAAAAAGAACAUAUCAUAACUUCAGAAGAUAAAGAUACUAUAAAUCAUGGUGGUUGGUGGAAAGCUACACAAGUAUCAGAAGUCACAGGAACUGUAGCAAUUGAAUUUGGAAAUCAUGUCUAUAUGAAAGCAUUAGAUAAUGGAUUAUUUACCUUAGGUGUUCCCCAUAAUGAAGGGGAAGGACCUUCGCCAGAAGAAAUUCUAACAGCUUUCCCAAUAAGUGAAACUAAAAUUGCAUUAAAAUCUGGUUAUGGGAAAUACUUAGGUGUUGACAAAAAAGGUGUUGUUGUUGGAAGAAGUGAUGCAGUAGGCAUGAUUGAACAAUGGGAACCAAUAUUUCAGGAUAACAAGCUUGCUAUUUUAAAUAGCAAUGAUUGUUUCAUAUCAGUCACCGAUGAAGAUGAUAUUAUCUGUCAAAAAAGGACUGCUGGAGCUUCUGAAUUUUGUACUAUAAGAAGUAUAACCCAAAAAACUCAAGAUCCAAACAAAGACAUUCCUAAAGAAGAACAAGGUUCUCUUCAUGAUGUUGAAGUGAAUUAUGUGAGAAAGUUUCAAAAGUUUCAGGACAAAAAAUUAAAAAUAAGUAAGGAGGAUAGUUCUAAAUUAGAAAAAGCAAAAAAAGAAGGAACUCUGCAUGAAGCUUUAUUAGAUAGAAGAAGCAAAAUGAAGGCAGAUCGAUAUUGUAAAUAAUUUUAUACAAAUUGCAUUAUGUAUUGUAACUAUUGCAUUGUAUGUAUAAUUAUAUAAUUAUUGACUUUUAAAAUGUAUAAAUAUUUAAUGAAAAUAUGAAAAAGACAUAUAAA